AUGCCAACUAAAAGUCAAAGUAUAUACAUGAGUUUUCAGAAUAAUCCAUCCUUCCCUUCUUCUCCCCCAAUUCCAGCAUAUUCCGGCAACUCAUCAGAAUCACUCCUAUUGCCCAAACUGCCGGCACAGUCGAUGUCCUCCACCACCAGUAUAGACCCAUUGGUCGCCGCCGCCAUCUCGAUAUUCGGGACAUCGAUUUCAAUUCUACGCCCUUCUUGGAUACUCUCGAAAUCACACAGUGCAAAGUGCUUGAGCCCAGGCGAUGCUGCCUCGCUCAGCGUCACGUUUCUCGACCCCCAACAAAUAGAAAGGACCAGGCGCCUGAGUAAAGGGCAUCCCGAAGCUAUCUUCUUGAAAAUUCGGCCAUCGACUUGGACUCCCACGAGGAUGAGUGUGCGCAAACGUUUAAACCGCAUGCUCUCGACUUGGCUCAGCCUGCAUUUGUGUAGGUGUAGUUCUUCGAGGGACUCGGCUAAGAAGAAUGCCAAGGGGAGGUCGUAA